CUACAAAAUACCAACAAGCAAUGUAUUUUAACAGAAAAAGAUGCUGCAAACAAUAUAGUCAGGGAGGAAACCGCUUCAUUCAAACGAUCGAAAUGACUCUGUUGCGAUAUCCUUGAUUAUCAAGCUGCGCACAGACGCGUCUCACCACAACAAACACUCAUAAGACUUCAUCUAUACUAUUUCGACUACCACGCAUAUGAACUUGUUAAUUGGGCAAAAUGAGCAUGGAAAACUUCCUCCGUGAAUGGAGGCAAGACGCCUGGAAUAAGGCUCAGUAUGACUCGGCUAUUUUCAUCGGCGAUAAGCUCUUGGCAUUAACGCAUGACGAUAAUGAUGCCUUCUGGCUCGCACAAGUUCAUUUUGCUACAGGAAACUACACUCGUGCACAGGCUUUCCUCGCUAAGCAAGAUUUAAUUACCCGCAAUCCAUCUUGUCGUUAUCUUGCUGGCCAUUGCUUUAUCAAGCAGUCCCGGUUUGAGGAAGCACUGCAAGUGCUGGGUGAGCGCAACCCCACGCACUUGAUUCAUAACCCAGCAAAUAAGCGGAAGACGCAACACACGAGCGGACGCUCCGUUACACACCGCGGAGCGGCUGCAUCCAGAGCACAACAACAGAGAGAUGAACUCUCCGAGGAUGAGGCGGCGAACCGACGUUUUGAGGCCGCUAUGUGUUUUCUAAGGGGUAUCUGCUAUGCGAAACAGAAUGCAUUCGACCGGGCGAAGGAGUGCUAUAAAGACGCCGUGCGCAUAGACGUACAAUGUUUUGAGGCCUUCCAGCAAUUGAUGAAGAACUCUCUCAUGUCGCCAGACGAAGAAUGGCAAUUUUUGGAAUCACUAGAUUUUGAUGCUAUUCAUGUCUCCUCAGACCCCUCUUCAUCACAAGAGGCGGCCGAAUUUACCAAAAUGAUUUACACCACACGACUCUCCAAAUACCGAAACCCUACAACCUUUACGACUGCUUACGAGACAUUAUCUACACACUACAAUCUUGCCACUAAUCCCGACUUACUACUUGCCCGAGCGGACCUACUCUACACCCAAUGCCGGUACAAAGACGCCCUAGCCAUCACCGAGUCCGUCCUGCAAGAAGACAAAUACAACUUCAGCAUCUACCCCGUGCACCUAGCCUGUCUCUACGAGCUUAAAAAGAAAAACGUACUCUUCCUCGUAUCCCACGACCUAGCCGACACCCACCCCGAGGAGCCGUGCACCUGGCUCGCGGUCGGGAUAUACUACUUCGCCAUCGAGAAGAUCGCGGAAGCCCGUCGCUACUUUAGUAAAGCGAGCAUGAUGGACCCGCACUUCGGCCCAGCCUGGAUCGGAUUCGCGCAUACCUUCGCGGCCGAAGGCGAGCACGACCAAGCUAUAUCCGCGUAUUCGACCGCCGCGCGGUUAUUCAUGGGCACGCACCUCCCCCAAGUAUUCCUCGGGAUGCAGAAUCAUGCACUCAAUAACAUGACGCUAGCAGAUGAGUUUCUGAAAACUGCGUAUGGGUUAUGUAAAACCGAUCCCCUGCUUUUGAAUGAGAUGGGAGUGGUGUAUUACCAUCAGGAUAGACCGCAGGAUGCGGCUACCCUGUUUUUGAAGGCGCUGGAGGUCGCGGAGGAGAUUGAUGCUGAGCCGGGCGCUUGGUUGUCGGCGAGGACGAAUUUGGCGCAUGCGUAUCGUCGUAUGAAGAGGUACGAUGAGGCGCUGGAUCAGUUCGAUGAGGUGCUGCGCCAGGGCGGGAAGGACGCUGCUAUAUUCGCGGCGAAGGGGUUGAUUUAUAUGGAGCAGGGUGGUAAGUUUGACCUUGCGGUUGAGGUCCUGCAUGAGGCGCUUGCGAUUCAUCCCCAAGACCCCAUUGCGACGGAGUUGUUGAACAAGGCCCUAGAUGAGACGGCCGGCUUGUUACCUUGACCGCGGGAUGCGGUGCUAGUGGAGUUGAGAUUGGUAGUUUACGAGUAACGAAGAUAAUACCUACUACUACCUAGGUAUCUAGAUAGGCAUGAUAUGCCGCUGAAAAUGAUAAAGAACUGUACAUCUUACGGUUCGUCCUUGGGUUCGAUGCAAGGGCUAUGUCUGACUUGCAUGUUGCUGACAGCAUUGAACUUGCUACGACCUAACCAGUAA